CUCACACCCUAAACUUCAUACAUUUUGGCUCAAUCUCUCUCUCUACAUAUUUGGUCCAAAAUGGCUCACACUACCAUAACAAGAAGCUUUCAUGUCUUGCUUUGGCUGUCAAGUCUCAUGUUGUUGGUGAGAACAAGUAGUGCAAGGGAGUUCAUUGUUGGUGGCUCAAGCUGGACUCUGACUGGCAAUAGCAGUGCAAUAAACUAUAAUCAAUGGGCAGAGCAUAACAGAUUCCAAAUCGGAGACUCCAUCGUGUUUAACUACCCACCUGGGCAAGACUCAGUGCUUCAAGUGACCAGGGAGGAUUACUCCAAUUGCACUACAACAUCACCUCUCCACAAAUACUCUACUGGCCACACUGUCUUCACUUUCAGUCAUUCUGGUCCUCACUAUUUCAUUAGUGGAAACAAAGAUAACUGUCAGAAAAAUCAAAAGCUGGUGGUAGUUGUUUUGGCUGACAGAAGCAACAUGUCUUCCAGCACUAACCAGACAACAACAGCAUCUCCUCCUUCUCCGAUGGCUUCGGCUCCCGCUCUGGUGCCUUCAGGGACAGCGGAGACCAACCCAACUCCAGCUCCAGUCAGUUCACCACCCAAAAACACUGCCUCUUCUGUCCACGUUGGUUCCAUUGGGUUCUUUGGAGCACUUGUUGCUUCAUCUCUUAUUGUUAUUAGCAGUGGAAUUUAAACUAUUAUCGUCCUUAUUUUCGAUUUUCCUUAUUCUUUAUUGUUUUUCCAAUUUCCCUUUCUGCACGCAACUGGGUGCUGGGGUGGUAUUACUUGCAGUCAAGAAUGAAUUUUUAUGCACUAAUGGAUUUGUAUACUUUUCACCAUGUAAAAAAGAAUGCAUAGAAGGAAUAAUUAAAUUUAUGUUAAGACUUUGUCUCA